AUAGUACAAUUAGUUUUGUGUUAUUUACACAUAACAGUUCUGAGUUUUUAUAUGAUUGGAUUUAUGAUGUAUUUGUAAACCAGUGUUACUUACUAAACUGCAUAUUCAGUAUGACCUUAUGACACAGUUAAAAUGAUUUAAAUGUUCAUACUUAGUCUUAAGACUUAGAGCUUUAAUGGGUGAAAGUGGUCUUUCUAAAGGAUUACAAAGAUUUAAAACUUGAAUAUGAAAACAUAGUAAAAAUGAAAUUGAAAGAUGACAAGGAAAAUUCAUUCAGAAAUAAAGGCAGAGAAUUUUAUUAAUAAAUAAGGGGCUCAUGCAGAUCAAUAAAAGAAAAAAAUAAGACCUCAGUAAACAUAAACAAGGCAGAAAACUGAAUUUACAGCUUUAUAAAGAGGAAUUACAAAUGAGCAUAGCAAAACCUUUGAUACACUUUAUAAACAAAGACGUGAACGCCUUAAUAGCGCUGAGAUAAGAUUUUCUGCUUAUCAAAUUUGUAAGAGUAUAUUCGGUGCUGGUGGAGCUGCAGACAAGCUUCCCCUCUCCCGGCAGGAGUGCAGUUCAGUGCAGCGGUUUUCUAGAAAAGUUGAGCCAGGUCAGAGCCAUAAAAUAGUCUUUCUGCUUCCCCUGCAGUUCUCUUAUGUUUAGAAGUUCAUCCCAAAUUGAUAGAAAUGAGGGCAGAUUGAUGCAUAAAGGUGUUCAGCGCAGCUUUAUUUAUAAGAGGGUAAAUUUGGAAACAGAUGAUCCACGAUUUGGAAAUGUUUAAGAAACCUGUUCUGUACACUUACAUACUAAUCUAGUUAUGUAGCCAGUUGUGAAUUUUGUUUUAUGAAUAUAUGUAAAGACAUGGGGAAUGUCUUAACUGGGGAAGAAGCCGGGUAUAACAGUUAUGUACAGUAUUACAUCAACCAAAUAUAAUAUAUAGGAAAUAUCUGUAAGAGGGACCAAAAUGUUAACGGCAGUGAAUUCUGGGUAGUGUGAGAAGUGAAUGUUUAAUAUUGUUUUAUGGUAUUCUGUCCUCUCAACCCCCUAGGUAAAAAACCCUCAAACAGUAAACGAUUAUUAUGAAAAACCAAGUUGGUGUUGUUUAAACUCACUUUUUAGGUUACAUGGAACAAUUAGUAGCCAUUGGGCAGGAAGAAGCAGUUUAAAGGGCUCCCAUUUUCUCUGACCUCAGUAGGCCUCAUCCCUGUCUGUAGUUCUUAAGGUGAUAGUUUUGAGAAGGCGUUUAGUCUUCCAUCCCCGUGGAAGCCUUUGAGAAAGGGUUGUAUCAAGGAUGUUAGAUGAGACGAAAAGGGAUUUGAUCAUAAUCUUGCCUUUUUCUUACACCUUUGUAGUAGAGGAUUACGGAACCGGGUAAUAUUAGCUUAAUAUUGUUAGAUUGUCGGCCAGACUCAGCUUUUCAUUCAAACGGUAUCACCAUGAUCCCUUCUCUGUCCAAGCAAUAAGUAAAAUUAAUUUUGUCAUUGUGUUUUUAUGUCUCGUAAAUUCUGAAAGUUCUUUAAAAUUAUAAAAUCUUCUGUUUUUGCUACAUUGAUUUAAUAGAGAUCCUUGAAAAGUUGGCUUUUUUUCCCUUAAGAACCAGAAUUUUGCUGGUAUUUGUAUUUUUCAGCAUUUUUCACAUCUUUGCUAUAAAUGUAUAUUUACAUGUUGAUGAUCUUUAAAGUUGGCUAAAAUGAAAAUCUUCUCACGAUGGGUACUGUGGUUACACGUAAUGUUUAUUGUUUAUACUCCUCUGUAUGUUCCAAAGGUAUAAUAAAUAUCAGAAAAGUUUUAAAUGAAGAUACUUUAUUGCUCCUUAUGCAUAAACACAGUGUACUGUGGCAAAAGGUAAAUUUGCAUUUAAGUAUAUUCGUAUGGAUUGGAUUUCUGGGCUCACGAUUCAGAGCCGCGAACCAGAGGGCGAGGAAGAAGCCGGGGCAGGGAGUCCUGUGGGUGUUUUCUGGGAUCAAGGUCAUAGUGACGUGGUACUUAGCGGACCUGACUUGGGAAACAUAAAGGAACAUCAAGAGCGUGUGAAUUUAAAACAGGGUUUAAAGUUAGGGGUUAGACAUGUUUAAAUGUUAACUGGUUCUGGAGAACCUUGUAGCCUUGGAGAGAAGUAGAACCGAGAUUACAUGUCACGAAGGCUCUGGCAUGUGUGAUAGGUUAUUAUGCAGUGCACUUAACACCUGCGGUUGUAGUGCGCAUGGCCCACGUGCAGGCUGUGCUGAAUCAGGGGCACGGGUGUUGGGGUGUGAGUUUAGAGAAGGUGGCGCCGGUGUAGACUGUGGGAUCAGGAAAGCCUUGGUGGAGGCGGCAAGAUGUGAGGGGCCUGAAACGACGGGCGGAACUGGCGCGGAGCCGGAUGGGGCCACAGAGGCUCGUGCGAGGGGACCGGCCUCAGAACAGGCCGUGUGGCUGGGAGGAGAGGAGGAGAACAAGCGCGCAGGCAGGCGGGCAGAGAAUACAGGAAACUCGAUAAAGUAGCCGCUGUUUCACUCUUCUUGUAUAUUUAAUCUUGGACUGCAAACGCAGACGUUUGCAUUAGAACAUUUGGAAAACACAGGAAAAAAGCAAGCAAAUUAAAAUCACUUGCAGUCUUGUAGGUGGAACUGGUCUGGGAGCUCUAAGCAGGACAGAGGGCAGGGUAAGGAUGGGAAUGUGGACAGGAGGACCAGUCACAGUCUUUAGGCUUGAGAUGAGGAUUUGGACCCAGGUUAGCACCGUGUAGAAGACAACGGCGUGGAUCUAAGGAACGGCUGGGAAUCGGAAGGUCUUGGUGACUUGGGGGAUGCUGUGCAAAGGGAAGAGCCGGUGCUCACAGGGGGCCUCUGCGUGCAGAGCCUGUGGUGGGUGCUCCACAGGAGGCCACUAGGCAGAUGACUUCCUUUUCCAAAGUAGGAACAUUGCCGGACGUGGGAAACAGGACUCUGGCUUCUGAGGGAAGGUGAUGAAGUCGGACUGAAGCCCCUCGCUGUCCGAGUGUCGGGCCUGGGAGAUGCAGCGUGAGGGGCUGAGAGCUACUGCUUCGUUGCAGAGCGGCUAGAGAGGGGAACAGGUAGUCAGGAAUAGAGCCUUGCGUAACAUGUGGGGUUAUGGGGAGAUCCGGGGAGAAAGGGGACUUGGAAGUAGACAGAGAUGGUGCCGGAGGAGGGGUGUUAUGCUGAGGGACUGAGAAUGAAGUCAGACAUAGUGGUUGGUUUUAUUGCGGGGACGGAGCAGGGCCCCAGGGAGCAGUGCGGAGCGACAGUUGGUGCCCCUCCAUGCUGCUCGUUGACCCGGGAGCGGGAAGACGGCAGCGCGGGGCUCUGUGUCUGGCACACAGGCUUAGGGGUCUAGGUGGACCUCGGGUUCUGGGCUGAGGAGCUACAGGUGAGGUCAGUGGAGGAGGAGAACGGGGACCCCGUGAAGGAAGCGGGGGCGUGCGGGCGUCUGGGAAGCAGCCCGGCUGCAGGUGUUUCUCCGGGUGGGGAGCGGCUGGGGCUGGAGUGGACCAAGGCGGACGCAGCGAGUGCUCGGCGGAAUUUUAUAGCCUUUUAAGCACAUUCGUUAGGAAUAACAGAGUCGGUAUGACCUUUAUGGGUCAGUUACUGCACUUAUCCUCACAGUUCGCCACUCGUGAUGGUGAAAAGAAAGCUCUGCUUUAUUUGAAUAAAGAUCAUUCAGCUAAGACUGGGGAAGGCUUUACUUGAUACUAGUUCAUACGAAGAAGCCCUGGUUCAGAAAAGUGCACUGGGGACACUAGUAUUUUGUGGUUGCUAAAAAAUGUGAAUUCAGUUGUGAGACAUACUAACAAACGUAUGUUCAGUGUGCAGCGAAAGGACUUCGGUUCACCAAAUACGUGAGGAUGCUUUGUGACGGGAACAACGCCCAGGGGUGCGGAUAAAUGAGGAUACAGUUCCCCCCCUCGGGUGUCCCCUGAGGACAGAAGCGCCCUGUGGGCUAUGCUCACCUUCCAUGGCGGGGGCUGCCAGCUGACUCUCGACAAGAAGUGCACGCACCUGGUUGUUCCAGAACCAAAGGGGGAGAAAUAUGAAUGUGCUUUAAAGAGAGCAAGCAUUAAAAUCGUGACGCCCGACUGGGUCCUGGAUUGCAUAUCUGAGAAGACUAAGAAGGACGAAGCCCUUUACCAUCCUCGUCUCGUCGUUUAUGAGGAGGAAGAGGAGGAGGAGAAUGAGGAACCGGAGUCCCCGGAGGAGGCCAGCGCGGAGGAGAGGUUCAGCCCCGCCAGCUCUCAGGACGGCUCCCCCUCGGGUGGCCAGCAGCUCUCACCCAAGUCGAACGCUGAAAAAUCCAAAGGGGAAUUGAUGUUUGACGAUUCUUCAGAUUCGUCACCUGAAAAACAAGAGAGAAAUUUAAACUGGACGCCCGCGGAGGUCCCGCAGUUAGCGGCAGCGAAGCGCAGGCUGCCUCCUGGCCAGGAGCCCGGGUUAAUUAACUUGUGUGCCAACGUGCCGCCCGUCCCAGGGAACGUCCUGCCCCCCGAGGUCCGCGGUAAUUUAAUGGCUUCAGGACAAAGCCUCCAGAGUUCCGAAAGGUCAGAGAUGAUAGCCGCUUGGAGUCCAGCUGUGCGGACCUUGCGAAAUAUCACUAAUAAUGCUGACAUUCAGCAGAUCAACCGGCCGGCCAACGUAGCACACAUCUUACAGUCCCUCGCAGCUCCGACAAAGACCUUAGAGCCACAGGUGAACCACAGCCAGCAGAGCCAUGCGAAUGCAGCGCUGCUCAGCCAGGUGAAAGUGACCCCGGAGUCACAUCUGUCACCACCGGCCCCGCCGUCCGUCCUGCACCUGCCGCCCCAGCAGGCCCUGCAGCUCCAGCAGCAGCCUUACCCGCCGCCGCCGCAUCCGUUUCGGCCACCGCCGCAGGCCCACCAGCCUCAGUUACCCCCGCAGCAGCAGGCGCUGCAGCACCAGCUCGCACACUUGCAGCAGCUACAGCGCCUGCACCAGCAGCAGCAGAUGCAAACGCAGGCGCCCCAGGCCCCGCUGUGCCAGCCGCAGCGCCAGCUGUUCGGACACGACCCAGCAGUAGAGAUUCCAGAAGAAGGCUUCUUACUGGGAUGUGUGUUUGCAGUUGCGGAUUAUCCAGAGCAGAUGUCUGACAAGCAGCUGCUGGCCACGUGGAAAAGGAUAAUCCAGGCGCACGGAGGUGCUGUGGACCCCACGUUCUCGAGCCGCUGCACACACCUGCUCUGUGAGAGUCAAGUGAGCGGGCUGUUCGCACAGGCGGUGAAGGAGAGGAAGAGGUGUGUCACGGCGCACUGGCUGAACGCGGUGCUGAAGAAGAAGCGGCUGGUGCCGCCCCAUCGGGCCCUGCACUUCCCCGUGGCCUUCCCGCCCGGGGGGAGGCCGUGCUCCCAGCACAUUAUUUCUGUGACUGGAUUUGUUGACAGCGACAGGGACGACCUGAAGUUAAUGGCUUACUUGGCAGGUGCCAAGUACACGGGCUAUCUCUGCCGCAGCAACACGGUUCUCAUCUGUAAAGAACCAGCUGGUUUAAAGUACGAGAAAGCCAAGGAGUGGAGGAUCCCGUGCGUGAACGCCCAGUGGCUGGGAGACAUCCUCCUGGGGAACUUGGAGGCCCUGCGGCAGAUUCAGUACGGCCGCUACACCACCUUCAGCCUGCAGGACCCCUUCGCCCCGGCUCCGCACUUGGUCUCAAACCUUCUGGAUGCUUGGCGAGUUCCAUUGAAAGUGUCGGCAGAGUUGCUGAUGGGUGUACGACUGCCUCCCAAACUGAAGCAGAAUGAAGCCCCUGCUGUCCAGCCCUCUUCCAAAAGAGCCAGAAUUGAAGACAUACCACCUCCCACUAAGAAGCUAACGCCAGAACUGACCCCUUUUGUGCUCUUCACUGGAUUUGAGCCUGUUCAAGUUCAGCAGUAUAUUAAGAAGCUCUACAUUCUUGGUGGGGAGGUCGCCGAGUCUGCACAGAAGUGCACCCACCUCAUCUCCAGCAAGGUGACGCGCACCGUGAAGUUCCUGACGGCCAUCUCCGUGGUGAAGCACAUCGUGACUCCGGAGUGGCUGGAGGAGUGUUUCAAGUGUCAGAAGUUCAUUGAUGAGCAGAGCUACGUUCUCCGAGACGCCGAGGCCGAGGUGCUUUUCUCCUUCAGUCUGGAGGAGUCCCUGAGGAGGGCACGCGUGUCUCCGCUCUUUAAGGCGAAAUAUUUUUACAUCACUCCUGGAAUCUGCCCAAGUCUUUCAACUAUGAAAGCGAUUGUGGAAUGUGCAGGAGGGAAAGUACUGUCUAAACAACCGUCUUUCCGGAAGCUCAUGGAACAUACGCAAAAUAAGAGUUUGUCAGAAAUAAUUUUAAUAUCCUGUGAAAAUGACCUUCACUUGUGUCGAGAAUAUUUUGCCAGAGGAAUAGAUGUUCAUAACGCAGAGUUUGUUCUAACUGGCGUGCUCACACAAACACUGGACUAUGAAUCAUAUCCUUUUGAAAGAUGUGUGUGCAGAAACCCUCUCAGCACUAGUAUCUGAGCUGUGUGUGUUCCGUAUCUCCAGAGUUGGCGAUAAAAAUGAUAAAAGAUCCCUUACCUUUUUGGAGAUUUUGUUUCUAUACAAUAUGUGCUCUCACAUCUCUCCGGGUUUUUUUUCCUACCUUUGGGUGAUUGGUGGGUGUCAUCUCAGGGCCCCCUUUCUUGCGUCUGUAGCCUGAAAGGAGCCUGCGUCAUUCUGCCCCAGGACGGUUGGAGCCCCGGGUGGAUGGUGCAGAGUCGCAGGGGUUGGCGAGGGCUCGGGCGCCCGAAGCGCACCACCUCGGCGUGCGGCCUGUGUCGGAUGCUGUCACUAGUUUGCAUCGUGUUUGUUUGGCAGUUGAUUUCCUCAACAA